AUGCCCGAGACGCAGAUACAGCCAGUCGACCCCCAGAAGCUGGGCAAGAUUGCAUUCAGACAGUCGCAGGAUCUGAUCGACGACUGGGAUAUAGAAUACGACGAGUCAGUGCAAGCCGGAGACCAGUUUGGAAAUCUCAAAGCAGCGGCGCGGGAUCUGGUGGAUACGGACGUGCCAGUUGCAUUUCCGACUGAGACGGUAUACGGCUUGGGGGCGGAUGCCACGAGAAGCGCGGCUGUGCGGGAGAUUUUUGCUCGAAAGGGCCGGCCGGCUGACAAUCCGCUGAUUGUGCACAUACACUCGUUACCGCAGUUGCGAGCGCUGUUGGCGGGAAAACUGGAUGUUACGGGCGAUGGAAAGAUUGAUGGCAGGGAUGCUAUACCGGAGAUUUACAGGCCGUUGAUUGAGCGGUUCUGGCCUGGCCCUCUUACCAUUAUCCUGCCGACUCCAGAGAAUACGAUUCUUGCGCCAGAAGUCACGGCCGGUCUGUCGACUUUCGGUGCUCGGAUGCCGCGGUCUAUCAUCGCUUUGUCGCUAUUGCGGCUGUGUGGACGCCCACUUGCUGCGCCCUCUGCAAACGCAUCGACUCGUCCGUCUCCCACGGCUGCUGAACACGUGUACGACGACCUGAAUGGCAAGAUCAACCGGAUAAUAGACGGCGGCCCAUGUGAAGUAGGUGUAGAAAGCACAGUGGUAGACGGGCUGUCCAGUCCCCCAGCAAUCCUGCGACCAGGCGGCGUAACAGUAGAACAACUACGACAAUGUCCCGGGUGGGAAAACGUAGUAGUAGGCUACAAGGACAAGCAAGCCGAAGACUCGAGCAAGCCACGAGCCCCAGGCAUGAAGUACAGACACUACAGCCCCAAAGCCGCUGUUCUCCUGUUCGAAGCAGGCGCACAGCAGCCUGCACCCGAGGAACUGAAGAGCAAGAGCCGCAUCGGCAUCAUCAGGACAAAGAGCUGGAAACCUAUAUUAGAUCUCAACGGCGAGAAAGUAAAGACUACAGAUUCAAAUGGUUGGAAGGCGUGCUGUACACCGGAAACUCCAGCUUCUGUAGCUGCCGACGCUUCUUCGUUGCGCCAAUCCAACCUCGUGCGGUCCGUCAUGCAGCACCAAAUCCCGCGCUCCGAUCACUACAUUGUCAAGCCCGAGGCGCUGCACGUGUGGGAUAUCAAUCUGGGUGCAGACACCGAGGAUAUUGCGCGCGGCUUGUUCUCGGCACUGCGCGAGCUGGAUAAGAAGGGUGUAGAGAGCAUUUUCGUCGAGGGCAUUGACGACAAGUCGGGCGAUGAUAUUGCGGCGGCGGUGAUGAAUCGAUUGAGGAAGGCGGCUGAGAUUCGCAUUUGA